AUGGAUCCGGCUGCCUGUCGAGUGGUGUACAUUGACGAGCGAUUCGAUACAGAAAGGUGGAUUUCAAGGGAAGCGCUGUCUCCCGGUUCGUCGCACCGAAGAGGGUCGCAGUUUGACUUCUCAGACUUGCCCGCCGACCUCCAGAGCAAUAUCAGUGCCUUCCUCUCUGUCUUCAACCAAGUGUAUGUGUGCACCUCUGGGCGGGCCUUCUCUGCCAAACUGUCCGAACUUCAUGACCAAGUCAAAGUCGAUUGCACACCCAUCCUGGCUUGCUUCGAUGUCGGAUCCGAGGCGAAGCACGAUCAUCUAAAGCCCAAUACCCGGUUCUCACCGUCGGCCGAUUCCCCGCUGCCAUCGCCCACCUUGCUCCGAAGGGAAUUCACCUUUUCCUCCGAGUCCGAUGAAUCGUACGGUCUCCAACUUCUAUCCCGAAUUGCAUCUGAUCUCCAGGUCGAUGAAGGAGUCAAACUGAUUAUCCCGGUCGCCAUUGUUCAGCCCAGACGGAAAGAUUCGCACGAUCAGGCUCUGGAUCGCGUCCGCCCAAGGGAAGUCUUGAGGGCUCCCUACAGUCCCGAGUCGGAGUCGGAGUCGGAAGCGAUCGCGAUCGAUGACUCGUCGGACAUCAUUGAUGCUCAACUGAUGCUGCAGUGUCUUGAUGCGGGAGCCCUUGACGUGGUGAGGAGUCCGCUGGACAAGGCAGGGAUCAUGGGCCUUACUGUCCAUGCCUAUCGGAUCUACAAGGAUGCGAAGAAGGAGCAGAAAGGGUUCAUGGCGAUGGUCCGGAGGACUCGAAAGCAAUCCUGGGUCGGUAUGGACGAAGAGAAGCCCUACGCCCACCUUAGAGAGGCCAUGGUGAAGAAGCUACUGAAAGGCAUAUGUGAGCCGCAGAACGUCAUUGAAGACUAUCAACACCGUGACCUCUAUGUGGAAGAGGCGCGGAAGGAGGUUAUAGCCCAGGCUAUUGCCAGCUGGGGCUUCUGUGGACACGACUUCACGGAAGAUGAGUUGGUCUAUGCUGGCUACUUCAUGCUGGACCAUGCCUUACAGGUGGAUGCCGUUGAGAAGUGGCGCAUGAGUCAGGCCGAACUGCUUCAUUUCAUGCAAGGAUGUCGAGUCGCGUACAAUUCUUUUGUCCUCUACCACAACUUCAGACAUGCUGUGGAUGUCCUGCAAUCGGUCUUCCACUUUCUCGUCCAAGUCGGGGCCCUCCCCCCGUACCCUGCUGGCGCGAAACCACCUCCCUUUGCAGGCAAGACGUCACCCGUAGCCCGGCUACUGGGGCCAUUCGAGGCCUUGACUUUACUUAUUGCGGCUAUUGGACACGAUGUCGGCCACCCUGGAGUCAACAAUAUGUUUCUGGUCAAGCUGAACGCUCCCCUUGCACAACUGUACAAUGACCAGUCUGUGUUGGAGGCUUUUCACUGUGCCGCCUACUCUCAGAUUCUUCGUCGUCAUUGGCCCGCCGCAUUCCAGGACAAAGCUCUCCGUAAACUCAUGAUCAGCACCAUUCUCGCCACCGACAUGGGCAUCCAUUCUGACUACAUGCAGCAGCUGGGAAACUUGCAGGAAAAGAUCCACGAGACCCAGGCCACUGACGGAUGGGCCCCGAAGGACGUUGAGUGGGCACGGGCCUUGACCUGUGCGCUGUUGAUCAAGUGCGCCGAUAUCAGCAACGUGGCCCGGCCUUGGGCAGUCGCCGAAAAAUGGACGUUCUUGCUUCAAGAGGAGUUUGCACACCAAGGACAAAUGGAGCAAGCUGUUGGGAUGGAGACAGCGCUCUUUGGCGGUCCCCCGGAACUGGGAAAUAUGUUAAAGCUGGCGAACGGCCAGAUCGGCUUCAUGACCAUUUUUGCUCAUCCACUCUUUUCCAACGUUGCUGACAUAGUUCCCGCUAUGCGCUUUGCCGCCGACGAGAUUUUGACCAACAAAGGCGUGUGGAUAACCCGGGCGGAACAUGAAAAGAGAGUACAAGUGCUCCAGCAAGGCGUCCGGCCUGGUGAAGGUGGAUCGGUAUCUCCGAGGACCUUGAGCCCCAUUGGCCGAAGGGGCACGGCAGAUAAUGGCAGAGAUAGGCAUGGCCAACUCACCUCCUCUCCUCUACGAGAUCGAGCAGAUUCCCCGGGGGAAGUUCAGAAGGCCAGCCAUCCAACACGUGGCCCCAGAAAUGGACAUGCCACUCCUCUGGACGGUUCUCAACCAUCGUCCUCACCGGUAGAGACGGAAACCACUCUAAGGCCUGAUGAUCCCGCAGCCCGCGGCACACCAAUAACGACAGGGACCAACACAAACCGCACGCCGUUAGAGGUCUGGAGGGGUUCGUCGUCGACAGGAGCUGACACUGGACACCUCUCUCGAGAUCACGGCUUUGGCAGCCCUCCCGGCGCUGAGAACAACGAGCCGACUACUACCAAUACCCCUACACUGUCCUCGUCAGAUGAUCAAAUGUCAUCGGGAGUUGUUCAGGCUCUGCCAGACAACAGGAGGGACAACGCGACCUCAAUGCGUGCGGGAAGUGAAGCCAUCCCCGCAGAGGCUCUAAACACUGGAAAGGGCGAGGUCUCGGAUGCUGAGGCGUUGGCAAAGUUUGAUUUUGCAACCUCCAAGGAGGACGAGUCCGUGCGAACUUAUGUUCCAUUGCAACCACGGCCCGCAGACCACGCCAGUGCCAGUGCCAGUGCCAGUGCCCCUACAAGCGGCUUGGAUCUUGAACGUGCCCAAAAUCCUACCCCAGAGGAAUUUCAGCAGACUAGAUCCGCUCUGAGCGAACGUACUACAAGCACAACUUUGAGAGGUGGCAUCGAGGAGAUUGCCUUGACCCCAAGCCAGAGCACGGAGGCAACGAGCUACACAUCAGAGAAAAGUGUAGAUUUGGCACGGAAUCAGGGUGAUUUCCAAGCUACGCGCAAUCGUGCCGCGAGCGCCCCAAUCCGACAGUCCGCUCCGACAGAAUUGAGCCCUAGUUUCAGCAAGGGGAGUAACAGUGCCGGCAGCGGCGAAAGCAGCAAAGUCGAUGUGCAUGCGACGAUACUCAGCAACGGCGAUAUGGAGGAGGGCCGCCCGAGAGACCGAAAGGACAUCAGCAAGACGAUCGGCCGGCGGCGAAGCAGACUGAAACUAGGCUUGGCCUUUUGGAAAAGAAACCGGACUGAAAAGAAUGUCGAGGAGGGAGAUCGGCCUGGGAGUCCAGGUAGCUCAUGCGGGUGA